AUGUCAUCUCUUCCUCAGUUAUUGCAGAAUCUACAAGUCGAUAUUAAUUAUGUUGAAAAAUGGGCAAAGAAUAAUGGUCUUGCUCUCAAUUCUGGUAAGACUCGGGCCAUGAUUUUCUCAACGUCAAAUAGUCCAACUAAGGAAUACUUGACAACUCUUCCACCUCUCAUAGCAGGAGGUAUUCCCAUUGCUUUUACUGAUACUGUAAAGGAUCUUGGUAUUACGCUGGACCGCUCCUUGACUUGGAAGGAACAUGUCCUUGGAAUAUCGCGGAAAACUUACAUUAUACUGCAGCAACUGAAUAGAAAUAGAGAAUCAAUUCCAACCUCGACUAGAUCCUUAUUAGUAAAAACAUUAAUAUUACCUAUUUUCGAUUACUGUUGUGUUGUAUAUGAUGAUAUAACAAAAGAACUAAAUUAUAAGCUUGAAAGAUCUUUAAAUGCUUGUAUACGAUUUAUUUAUGGUCUGCCUAAGUUUGAGCAUAUCACAGCAUACAGAAUUGAGACCGGGCUAUUGAGUGUUGCAAUUUUAACAAUUAGUGAGACAAAAUCGCCAGUUGUGGGUACAAGGCGGCAAGAUUGGGAAACUCCCUUGUCGAAUCUGAAUAUAUUUCAUAAGGAAAUUGGAUAG